UUCUCACGCAGGCUUAUUGGGAAGAAAGCGGCUAAAACUGACUAGACACGUGAACGAGAGCGGACCACCCCCUCCUCCUUCCCAGCCCUACUGCCUCGGAUUCUCAAAUUUACAAUCACGAAAGUUCUAUUGUCUCAGGAUUGGCCCUUCGUGACACAUGACAUCAUAGGACUCGAUUCAUAAGUCGGCCUCCUAUUCGCCCAUCGCGCCAUUGUGACGUCACAAUCAGCCCACGUUUUAUUGUAGGUACCCAACUCCCUCCUCUCCUCAUCUUCUUGGUUCCUCCCUGCCUCGGCCCUCCCUCCCACAUCCUCUUCGGCUCUAGCGUGACAGCCUGAAAGCGGCUGUCCGCUCCAGCUUUUGCCGCUGCCGUAGCUGUUGCUGUUUUCGCAAAGCUGCUGCCACUCGGUCUAAGGAGAGUAAAAAAUGGAAGCCUUUGAUGCAUCACUUAAUAGUUAUAUGCAGACAUGGCUUGGACCAAGAGAUUCCCGUGUAAAAGGGUGGUUUCUUCUGGAUAACUAUAUACCUACUUUUGUCUUCUCUGUCUUAUACUUAUUAAUCGUAUGGCUAGGACCAAAGUACAUGCAAAAUAAACAGCCAGUCUCCUGCAGGGGCAUUCUAGUGGUUUAUAACCUUGGACUUACGCUGCUGUCUCUAUAUAUGUUUUAUGAGUUAGUAACAGGAGUAUGGGAAGGAGAAUACAAUUUCUUCUGUCAGGACACUCACAGCGGAGGACAAGCAGAUAUGAAGAUCAUCCGAGUCCUCUGGUGGUACUACUUCUCCAAACUCAUUGAGUUCAUGGACACCUUCUUCUUUAUUUUACGGAAGAACAACCAUCAGAUUACUGUCCUGCACGUGUACCACCACGCCUCCAUGCUGAACAUCUGGUGGUUCGUCAUGAACUGGGUGCCCUGUGGUCACUCUUACUUCGGUGCCACCCUUAACAGCUUUAUUCACGUCCUCAUGUAUUCUUACUACGGUCUGUCUGCUGUGCCGUCCAUGCGCCCGUAUUUGUGGUGGAAGAAGUACAUCACUCAGGGACAGCUGCUCCAGUUUGUAUUGACAAUCGUUCAGACUAGCUGUGGUGUCGUGUGGCCUUGUGCAUUCCCUCUGGGCUGGUUAUACUUCCAAAUUGGCUACAUGAUUUCAUUGAUUACCCUCUUCACAAAUUUCUACAUUCAGACUUACAACAAGAAGGCAUCUGCCCGGAGGAAAGACUAUCAGAAUGGGUCCAUGGCUGCCGUGAACGGGCACACAAACAGCUUUUCUUCUCUGGAAAACAAUGUGAAACCCAGAAAACAAAGGAAGGAUUGAAGACCAAACGUUUAGAAACCCCAGACAACAAAAUCAUCUGAUUGUAAGCACAAUGUGAGUUGUGCACUGAUACUCCUAACAGCUACUGUAACUAUUCCUGCCUGCAAUAGUGUGAUUCAUGUAGGACUUAACCAGUGCAAACUAGAAAAACUGUAUAAAGAUUAUUAAAGUAGGCAUAAGACUUUUUAACAAUUCUGGGCUCUUACUGACCCUGCUCUAGACUGUGGAAGGGAGUAUUAUUAUAGUAAAUGACACUGCUGUUGCCUUAUUAGUCAAUACGAUAGGUGCUGAAUUUGUGAUUCACAAUUUCCAAACACUGUAAUCCAGUCUCAUUUUUUUUUUUUACCGUAGAUCAUGCAUGUGAUUGUAAAUGUAAAUUUGUAUGUUGUUUUAGUAGAGAUAAACACACAUGCCUUAAGAGUUUAACAGAAAAAAAAAAGCAGGGCCCAAAGCUUUUCAGUUUAAAAUUAAAGUUAUAAGUUUUGUUUUUUGUUUUUAAAUUUGAUUUUCUUAAUCUGUUCCAUUUAGAAAGAUCAAAGACCACAGUUCAUGAGAUGAUUAAUGUCUGAAGCAUAAUUUUAAGUGGCUUGUCAAGUUUCAGUGAAAUCAGCAAUGGCACCUCCAGUUUUAUAAUAUUGGCUUUCUUUAAGCAGGCCUGGAUUCUAAUGGAGCAAUCAGUUUAACUUUUUAACAGAUCAUAUUUUUUUAUUUUGCGUGCCGCUAUUAAUGUAAGAAAAUAGAAAUAAAAAUGUGCGCUAGAGCAACCAUGACAGGAGAUAGAUAUAUGUGUGUAUGUAUACAUAGACACACAUGCAUGUCUAUGUAUAUAUAGGGAGAGCUUGUCUUUAAGGUUUAAAGAAGAGUGUAUGGUGGACCGACUGUUUUUAAUUUCUCAACUCCAAAUUGCUAAGUGGCUUUUAUACAGGGGAACAAUGCUGGUUUCGUUUCACACAUCAUGGGUAGGAUAUACACCUUUCCAAAAAGACAACUGAGUACUUUUGACAUAACACAGUCCUACAGAUGAUCUAUGAUUGGUUGGCAGGGGUUAUAUUUUGAUUGGUUUCUGUACUGCUAUCUGUUCAGAUGCAAAGUUUUUUUAAUGUGCCUAGAUUACCGAAAAGAGAGAACACUUUCCCAAAUUUGGGUUUUUUUUUUUAAAAGGUAAAAUUUAAACAGAUAGCUAGAGUAGAAGAGAGAACUGGGAAAUUUGGAGAUGACUGUUUUGUGUAAGUCUUAUAUAUCACCUGUAAUUUUCCUGCUUGGUAUCUAAAGAUUUGUUUAGAGCUGCUUAUUUAAAAAAAAAAUGAUAUACUGCUUACCGUAAAAUCUUGUCUUGCACUCGAGUGGCAAAAACAGACAAGAACUAUUGUAUAUGUCCUUUAAAGUGUUGGAACUUAGCCUAUAAAUAAAUACCUUAUUCACUGAGCAGCAAUUACAUUUAACCACUCAUGCAGUAUAUCUUAGAGAAUCAUUGACCUAAAUGUAUAGACUGUUGGUUUGAUAUUUAUGUAAAUAUCAGUUUACCAUGCUUUAAUUUUGCACAUCCAUAUCUUAGGAGAACUAAUGAGUUCUCUUAUUAGUCUUGUGGGUUUUCUUUACUUGUUUUGAAGAAGUCAUGGCAUCUGUUUACAUUUACCUUAUCAAAACUAGAGAGUGUAUGUGUGUGUGUAUGUGUACGUCUUCAUUCCUAGGUACCAGUUUGCAAAAGUCUUUACAUAUUUCAGUACAGAAGCUAUAAUACUCAACAGUGCUAAGUGUGCUAGAAGUAAAUCCUUAGCUCAUCUGGAUAUACCCACAUUGUUAAACAAUGUCAAAACGUUAAUCAUUAAAACAUUUUUGAUUAUC